CUCGUUCUGACAGACAGGUGAACAGGACGGCGACGCCAUGUUGAGGGAAAACGGAAGUGAAUUAUUCCGCUGUUAAAACAUGUUUUGAAUUUUUGUCAAAGAGGCGCCUGAAGGAGAGUUCUAAACUUCAAAAGUGAAAAGUUACCCGGAACGCGUUUGAGCCGAGUCUGUCUUUUGUUUACGCGCCAUACAGGAUUCGUCCUCUUUGUGGGAUUCUUUUAGUGCAACUUUACAGUGACAGCGUCAAAUCACUUCACGGUGUGAUUGUUAGUUAAAGAUUGGGACCUGGAUAAUAUGCCCCUGGCACAGUUCGCGGACCCCUGGCAGAGGUUGCCUGUGGGUCAUCUGGAAAACGAGGAUGAGUCCAUGAUAGAAGACGAUGCUCCCGUUCAAGAUGAGGGCUCGGUCAAGGAAAUCAACAUCACUCAUGUUGUCAAGGAGGGCUCUGAAAAAGCAGACGCACGACAGUUUGAGCUCCGCAAGGUGCUGGGCCAGGGCUCUUUCGGCAAGGUUUUUCUUGUCAAGAAGAUAAUGGGGCCAGAUGCAGGACAGCUGUAUGCUAUGAAAGUGUUGAAGAAAGCCACUUUGAAAGUACGAGAUCGAGUGCGUACAAAGAUGGAGCGAGACAUCCUAGUUGAGGUCAACCACCCUUUCAUUGUUAAACUGCACUAUGCCUUUCAGACAGAAGGUAAACUUUACCUUAUUUUGGACUUUCUCAGAGGAGGAGAUCUCUUUACUCGCCUGUCAAAAGAGGUUAUGUUUACAGAGGAGGAUGUGAAGUUCUAUCUUGCUGAGUUGGCUUUGGCUUUGGAUCAUUUGCAUGGAUUGGGAAUCAUAUACAGAGAUCUCAAACCAGAAAAUAUUCUUUUGGAUGAUGAGGGACACAUUAAACUCACAGAUUUUGGGUUGAGUAAAGAGUCUAUUGACCAUGAAAACAAGGCAUACUCCUUCUGUGGUACAGUGGAGUAUAUGGCACCAGAGGUUGUCAACCGCAGAGGUCACACCCACAGUGCUGAUUGGUGGUCUUACGGUGUACUAAUGUUUGAAAUGCUGACCGGCGCACUUCCAUUUCAAGGGAAAGACCGCAAGGAGACCAUGACAAUGAUUUUAAAGGCGAAGCUCGGCAUGCCUCAGUUUCUAAGCGCUGAAGCCCAGUCCCUGCUCCGCAAUCUGUUCAAGCGCAAUCCUGGCAACCGUUUGGGAGCAGGCCCUGAUGGAGUAGAAGAGAUCAAGAGGCAUCCGUUCUAUUCCACCAUUGACUGGAAUAAAUUAUUCAGGAGAGAAGUUCAUCCUCCCUUCAAGCCAGCCAUUGGGAGGCCGGACAACACCGACUACUUUGACUCGGAGUUUACUGCCAAAACCCCACGAGACUCUCCAGGUGUCCCUCCGAGUGCUAAUGCUCAUCAGCUUUUCAGAGGGUUUAGUUUUGUUGCCACAGGAAUGGAAGAGGAGAGCCAACCGCCCAUUCAUAGCAACGUCAAAAUGAGCACCAUACUGCAGCAUCCCCACAGGAGUACAGUUCAGUUCACAGAUGUAUAUGAUGUUAAAGAAGACAUUGGUGUGGGCUCCUACUCCAUCUGUAAGCGUUGUGUGCAUAAUAGCACAGGCAUGGAUUAUGCAGUUAAGAUUAUCAAUAAGGAGAAGAGAGAUCCUACAGAGGAGGUUGAGAUACUGUUGCGGUAUGGACAACAUCCCAACAUCAUCACCCUGAAGGAUGUCUAUGAUGAUGGGCGAUCGGUGUAUCUGGUCACAGAGCUGAUGAAAGGAGGAGAACUAUUGGAUAAAAUCCUCAGACAGAAGUUUUUCUCAGAGACCGAGGCCAGCGCUGUACUACACACUAUUACAAAGACUGUUGAGUACCUGCACGCCCAGGGGGUAGUACACAGAGACCUGAAGCCCAGUAAUAUUCUUUAUGUUGACGAGUUGGGCAACCCUGAGUCCAUCAGGAUCUGUGAUUUUGGCUUCGCUAAACAGCUCAGAGCAGAAAACGGACUGCUGAUGACGCCGUGCUACACUGCUAACUUUGUUGCUCCAGAGGUCUUGAAGAAGCAGGGCUAUGAUGAGGCAUGUGAUAUCUGGAGUCUUGGGGUUCUUCUUUACACCAUGCUUGCAGGGUUCACCCCAUUUGCUAAUGGCCCACAAGAUACACCAGAGGAAAUUCUGGCUCGGAUUGGCAGCGGGAAAUUCUCAUUGAGCGGUGGAUACUGGAACUCUGUAUCAUAUGAGGCAAAGGACCUGGUAUCAAAAAUGCUUCACGUUGACCCUCAUAAGAGAUUGACUGCAGCUCAGGUCCUUCGUCACCCUUGGAUCAUCAACAAGGACAAGCUGCCCAAACUACAACUCAACCGACAGGACGACCCACGUCUAGUCAAGGAGGCAAUGGCAGCCACCUAUUCAGCUCUAAACAGAAAAGUAUCUACCGUACUGGACCCGGUGGGUUGCUCUACACUAGCUCAGCGCCGCGGUGUCAAAAAGCUGACCUCUACCGCCCUGUGACCUUGCGGGUCCAACGCCAAACUACAGUGGGCACAUAAGUGUGUGAGAUGUACGAUGAAGCCACCAUCAUCUUGAAAUCCAAACCAAAAAGAAAAAAAAAACAUGCAUUUGUUCAACUCACAAUUGCUGCAUUACAGUUAGAUUAUUGUUAUUAUUAUAAUACAAAGCUCUAAGGAGAAUGUUAAAGCUAUGUAUUGUUGUUUUAUGAAAAUGCUAUGGAAAUUUACUUUAUACAUAUUAUGUAAGAAUAUAAAAGUAUUUCUGGGAGACUGGUGGAAAAUAAUGUAAGAUGAGAGCUUGGGAUACAGUUUAUUUUCUAUGUUGUGGUGGUGAUGUCAUGUUUAGAGACCGCAUGAAACCAAACUGUGGCCAAUGAUGGUUGAUCAUAGCUGCAUCCACUCUGUUCAAAACAGACCUCACAUACUGAAAAGGCAUGCUCAAAUGCUUUUCUGUUUUUUUUUUUUUUUUUUUUAGAAAGAGCUAUCGGUAAUGUCACUGUAUGCAAUUUCAGGUGGUGUCCUAAUGUACUGCAGUGUUGAAACCAUUUGUGUGAAAUCAAAGAAAUCUAUGCAAUUCUACAUACAAUUCUCAGUAUAUGUAAAGACACAAACCAAGUAUUUCAUGUUAAUGUAGUGUUUUGUUAAGGCAAAAGGUCCAGAAAACCUCUUGCCAUGCUGUUUGUGUCUUGAAGGGCAUUUGAUUAGCGAGAAAGUCAAUGUAGUGACCUCAUUCCUUAAAUGUUCCUGUUUAACAGACCAAAUACCCUUUUACAUAGGAGAUGCUCCUGAGAAAAUUAACAGACCCUUUAAAUGCUGUAUCUCAUAUAAUGGAGACGGUAGGGAUGGGGAUUGAGUAGAUGACCGUAUACUGUCAGGGCAGUAAUUUUGUUUUUUAACCAGGAAUGACCAAAAUACUGCUGUCUUCCUUGAAAUGAUUUGUAACACUCCUUUUUUGUUUGUUUUAUUUCAUUCUCUCCAUAAUAUUAAAGGGAAAUGUGCAGGUUGUAUUAAUCAAGACUGUUCAAUUUUAAAAUAAUUUUUAGAGACUA